GGUAUGAGUUUACCAGAGGACUAUCGCUGUUUCUUGCGUAUACACAAUGGUCAGAAAAACAUCAAUCGUCCAGGCGUGUUAGGAUCAACACACAUCGCUAAUCAUUUUAAGAGAGAAGCUAUACUCAAUGUAAAAGCAGCAACACUGAGUCUUGCACAUAUGCAUGGAGGAUUACGUGGAUGUAUACCCAUCACAUUAUGUGUGAUUAACACAUGUGGACAUUACAUGGCCAUUACCGAAGAGGCAGGUCACAAACAUGGCCGUGUGUUUUGGCCUUCCCUUGAUAAUGAAACCAUCAAUCUUAAUGGUGAUGGCAGAAUGAAUUGUUUUAUAAUGGCAGAUAAUUUUACUCUGUGGUUUAUAUCCUAUGCAGAGAGCCUGGUUAAAGAACAUUAUCCAGUUAUAAGAGGUGAAAUCUUUCCUUACAAAUCUGCAUCAGAACAUACUGGUGAUAAUGACAUUACAGUAAAGACGGCGACAUGUUUCUUGCCAGAGCAGAGUAAUGUUAACCCACCACAUUUCUUCUUCACAUACAGAAUAACCAUUUCAAUGGAUCAGUCUGUUCCCAAGGUGAGAUACUAGAAUUUAUUGCAUGUGUAAUGUUUUGUCAAUGGUUUGGAUCGGUAAUUACCAUGCAACGGCUGCAUUCAUUGGUUGUUGUCCCACCUGAGCUACAACUGACAACUCAACAACAUUUUUUUAUUUAAUAAACAUAUUUAGAAUCAUUUUCUCCAAGAACUAAAGCUCAUCGAGGGAGAUCAUGACAUAUUAAAAUUACUGUAGAGUACUGGCAAUUUAAAUAAAAAAGACACACAAAUGAAAGAAGAUAGUAAAGAAAAAGAUAACAAUAAUAGAUGGUUAUGUUAGAGCUUAACAACAAUUUAUCCCAACUAUCUGGCCAUCAUAAAACCACAAUAAUUGGCUACGAGCCUACGACCAGAAGAAAAACAAAACUUUUAUUGAAAAAUAAUUUUCGACUGUAAGUUAUUCAAAAAUCGUUAUUUUCUGACGAAGGCAGCUACAUGCAGUCAAAAAUUAAUUUUAAUUAAACAUUUUGUUAUAUAUGUAUUAUUGUACAACCAAGACAAAAUUUCUAUAUUCCAGGACGGCAGUUGUAAACUAGAGACUCGUCAUUGGUAUAUCACAGAUGGUAAUGGUGAAAAGGAGGAGGUUCAUGGUGAGGCUGUUGUUGGUAGUUAUCCCACGAUGGUACCAGGUGGUAGACAUGACUAUGUUAGUUGUACCAGUUUUACGACACCUACAGGAACUAUGGAAGGACAUUAUACUUUCAAAUUUCUAAACAGGGAAGGAACAACCAACGCUAAAAUUGCCCCGAUGCAUUUUAAAGCACCUCCCAUUGAACUGGCGUCUGAGAGACAACGGAGACGAAAUGCAAAAUUGAAUAUCGCAUCUUGCACCGACUCCGACUCUGAUUGAACUGCAAUUAGCAACAGCUUAAACAUUGCGACUGUAUAAGUCUUUAUUUUUACGAAAACAGUGUUUUCGAAUGUUGGACAACCGAAUGAAGAAUUUAAAACGUUAACCUGUUGUCCAUUGCAAACGUAUCGUAAAUUGUAGCAGUCUGUGUUUCUUUAUUUCGUGAGCAAAAUUACAAUACUUAGUAAGUCACUUUGGCUAUAGAAUCUCUUUAAGUGAUUGAGACGUUGCGAUUGAGAGGCUGUGAUUAAUGUCACAUACACGAAAACGAGGCUCUUUAGCCAAAGUGACGUACUUUCUGGAAGGGUGUAUUGAAGUGGAAAACCAACUCAUAUAAGUCUAUUCCUCAUAAGCCUAUGGGAGGAAAAUUCAGGGGAGCGGACACAAAAUUGACCGACAUCAUGGGUUUAUUGAUAGUCAUUUCAUAUGAAUAAAAGGGAAAUAGAAGGAACAGGUCUCAUAUACAGACGCGGAAUGUUUUGUAUGGAAUAGACGCAAACACCACCGCCCCAACUACCAGCACGGUCGUUACGGUGGAUGUUAUAACCACUGAUUGAUAUCAAGCUAUCAUCAAUGUCCUUGUGUAGCCACGAUUCUGUUAUAGCCAUGCACUAGGUCCAUUGGGUUACCAUCCAGAAGUACAGCAAAUUCAUCGAUCUUGGUCAAAGCUUAGGAGUGUAUGAGGCUAAAACCGACUAGUAUAAAUGAGUAGUAGUUUGCAUAGGAUUAUUAUGCCUCGCAGAUAUUAAAUUAUUAAUAUUCCGGCCGUUUCGCUUUGUUCUACGACUGCGGCGAGAAAUUCUCACUGGUAUUGCUAGGGCCAUUAUGAAAUGGAUUUCGCAAAUAAAUAUGCCAAUUAAUCAAUCAAUGUUGUUCGAUAUUUUUUCAUCUCAUAUUUCACUGAGGGCGGUUGUACGAAAACCGAAUGGCGCAAUCAAUCAACGUCAGGAGAGAUUGGAACAUAAUUAUCGAAAUGAUGCAUUCUCCAAAACAAGAAAAAGACCGUUUUAAAACAACCUGCAUGUAACAACAAAUAUUUUAUUGGUUUGGACAAGAA